GUCGACAGGCCGGGCCAGAUCCUAGUGUCGUCUGUGUUAUGACUCAAGUCCAUUUUCACAGACAGAGCAUAUGUGGAUACGCGAUGGUGAUACACUGCAUUAUUCGGUCAGAAAAGUCUACAAUACACACGCCUUAAAAGUGUGUACCAUAUGCAUAUAUUUUAUGGUUCAUUCAUAACAUUUUAGCGUGUUUCGUAACUUUUCUUCUAGAAUUCAUAACUUUUCAGCAGUACAAUUCGUAACAUUUUCAUUAUGAUUUAUAAUAUUUUAGUGUAUCUCGUAACCUUUAUACGAUUCGUAACUUUUUAGAAAUACGAUUCGUAACAUUUUCUCUAUAAUUCAUAACAUUUUGGAGGGUACAUAUGAUACACAUCCAAAUAAAUAGUGUGUAUUGUAGUCUUUCCCUUAUUCGGUCUGUGUAAGCCCUUCUUAUCCAGCUUCGUUAGUUAGGGGGAAAAUGACGAUCACUACAUGCUGGUUAACCCUCUUAACCUUUUUCAUUCUCUGGAAAUGUUUAACUUUUCUAUUUAACUUCCCGUGUGGUGGACUUGCCAAGUCUUUCAACUAAGUUUUAUCAUCUAGCUAUUCAUUUUAUCAUCCCACACCUUCUCUCUAUAUGCUAUAUAUAGCACUUCUUCUCCACCUCUCUUCAUCACUCCUCAUCUCAAAAUAUUUGUCCUCCUCUCUCCUUGUCUCUCCACUUGUCCUGCAUUGUGAUGCUUUUUGUUUGUGUGUGUGUGAGAGAGAGAGCGCACCAAUGGCUCGCUUAAAGCUGGCGAUCAAUGACAAGAAAAAGAUCAAGGAAGAAGAGACUAGCUUACUUGAUGGGACCGUUGAUCAACAUGGUCGCCCUGCAAUCCGACGUACAACUGGAACAUGGUUUGCUGGAAUUCUAAUACUAGUUAACCAAGGGCUUGCUACACUGGCAUUCUUUGGGGUUGGGGUCAACUUGGUGCUGUUUCUUACAAGAGUGAUGGGCCAAGACAAUGCUGAGGCUGCAAACAGUGUUAGCAAAUGGACCGGCACUGUCUACAUCUUCUCCCUCCUUGGUGCUUUCCUUAGUGACUCUUAUUGGGGACGAUACAAGUCUUGUGCCAUUUUUCAAGCUAUCUUUGUCGUUGGUUUGGUAUCACUAUCGCUUUCAUCCUAUAUUUUCUUAGUCAAGCCUGGUGGUUGUGGGGAUGAACAAACUCCAUGUGGGUCCCACUCGAGCGCCCAACUCAAAUUGUUCUACGUGUCAAUUUACCUAAUUGCCCUUGGAAAUGGAGGGUACCAACCCAACAUUGCAACAUUUGGAGCAGAUCAAUUUGAUGAAGAGGACUCCAAGGAAGGGCACUACAAGGUGGCCUUUUUCAGCUACUUCUACUUGGCCUUGAACCUUGGGUCCCUCUUUUCAGAAACCAUUUUGGGCUAUUUUGAGGACAAAGGCAUGUGGACCCAGGGCUUUUGGGCCUCUGCUGGGUCUGCCACUUUGGCUCUGGUAUUGUUUCUCGUGGGGACCCCUAGGUACAGGCAUUUCACUCCUAGAGGGAAUCCUCUCUCUAGAUUCUGCCAGGUGGUGGUGGCUGCAGCAAGGAAAUGGAAGGUUGAGAUGCCAGCAAGUGGAGAGGAUCUAUUUGAAGUGAGUGGAAAUGAAUGUUCAAACAAUGGGGGCAGAAAAAUUCUCCACACCCAUGGAUUCAAAUUCUUGGAUAGAGCAGCAAUUAUCCCAUCAAAGGAGUACACUAUGCAAGCCAAGGAAUGUCACAAUCCUUGGAGGAUUUGCCCAGUGACGCAAGUUGAAGAAGUGAAAUGCAUACUUAGACUCCUACCAAUUUGGCUCUGCACAAUUCUGUAUUCAGUAGUCUUCACCCAAAUGGACUCUCUCUUUGUGGAGCAAGGCGCAGCAAUGAAAACUACCAUUUCGAGCUUCCACAUUCCUCCGGCGAGCAUGUCCAGCUUUGACAUCCUCAGCGUUGCGACUUUUAUCUUCGUUUACAGGCGAGUUCUCAACCCCCUGGUUGCCAGGCUACGAAAGUCUAGCCCUAGAGGCCUCACCGAGCUACAAAGAAUGGGGAUCGGUCUAAUCAUAGCAAUAGUGGCUAUGGUUGUAGCAGGGAUAGUGGAGCAUUUCAGGCUAAAACAUCUGCAAAAGACUUGCACCGACUAUGACGGUUCGAGUUCCUUGAGCAUUUUCUGGCAAGUCCCACAAUACGUACUCAUUGGAGCAUCCGAGGUUUUCAUGUACGUCGGGCAGCUGGAGUUCUUCAAUGCGCAGGUGCCGGACGGAUUGAAGAGCUUUGGGAGUGCACUAUGCAUGACUUCAAUUUCACUGGGGAACUACGUGAGUAGUUUGCUGGUGAGUAUAGUGAUGAAGAUCUCUACUAGGGAUGAGAUGCCCGGUUGGAUCCCGGGCAACCUUAACAGAGGCCAUUUGGACAAUUUCUACUUCCUCUUGGCAGCCUUGACAACAGCUGAUCUUGUGGUCUAUAUCAUAUGCGCAAAAUGGUACAAGUAUAUCAAGUUUGAAGGUAUCAAUAAUGAAGACAACAAUGGAGAAUUUAGGGUGUAGCUAUUGGGGCUCGUACAUAUGCUUUUGAUUGUGAAGGAGAG